ACACUCGCUCCUCCUGUUCCUCCUCCUCCUUCUCCUCCUCCUUCUCUCUCUCCUUCUGCAGCUCUUCAAGCUGUAGCCUGGAGGGCAGGGUCACUCUGCUGGACUGCGUGCUGCUUUUCUCACAGACAGCUUAGUUCACUCGGAGACUAAGUUGAGUUGUGGACAGCGUGUUGACUCAGGCUGGGAAAGACUGUGUUGUGACUCUGAUGUACUGCGUGGACUGCACUCCCUGCCUCUGGAGCCCCCAUGUGGCUUUAGGCUGCUGCUCUGCUGAUCUCUGUUGUGGCUGCCGUUCGUCCGCGCUGUCUUGUCCCCACGGAAACCUACCCGGCAGGCAGAUGGUCUGAGCAGUCAAGGGAAAAGUUUAUAACAGCAGCUCGUUGGUAAAAAUACACGAGCACAGAGAACCAGUCUGAGUUUCCUCUCUCUUACUCCAGUCUCCUCUGAGGCAGCUGACCAUGUCUAUGGAAGGGGCAACAGCAACAGGAGCGCUCUGGCUGAGAUUCUCCUCUUCUUUCUCAGAUCUCUCUUUCUGAGUGACUGGACUAACUGUGGAUUAGGAUCUUUUUUUUGUGUGUCGAUUGGAAUCUUCACACGUCACAACCUGGAUAUUACUUUAGAGGCUGAUUUCUAGAGUAAAGGCGAUCUUCUAGAAAUCUUCUUGCCUGACCACCACCAUGGAAGAGCAGGCAGUGUCCAACAGUAGUCCCCAGCAUGGCCGAGGCCUGGGCAGGCAGAACGUCAUCAGGUGUGGCUGGCUGAGGAAGCAGGGAGGCUUUGUGAAGACUUGGCACACACGCUGGUUCGUACUUCGAGGGGAACAGCUACACUAUUACAAAGACGAGGAGGAGACUAAAGCCCUGGGGACCAUUCUGUUACCUGGAAACAGAGUCACUGAGCAUCCCAGCAAUGGUGACGAGGGGGGGAAAUUCCUGUUUGAGGUCUCUGCAGGAGGAGACAGGGAGCGGAUGACAGCAAAUCAUGAGACAUACCUUCUUAUGGCCAGCACCCAGAAUGACAUGGAGGAUUGGGUGAAGACCAUACGCAGGGUCAUAUGGGCCCCAUUUGGUGGAGGUAUCUUUGGUCAGAAGCUGGAGGAGACGGUGCGGUACGAGAGGCGUUAUGGGAGCAGACAGGCCCCCAUGCUGGUGGAGCAGUGUGUGGGCUUUAUACGCAAGUGGGGCCUACGGGAAGAAGGACUGUUCAGGCUACCAGGGCAGGCCAACUUGGUCAAAGAGCUGCAGGAUGCCUUUGACUGCGGAGAGAAGCCCUCCUUCGACUGUAAUACAGAUGUCCAUACAGUAGCCUCUCUACUAAAGCUGUAUCUCAGAGAGCUACCAGAACCAGUCAUCCCCUUCUCCAAGUUUGAUGACUUCCUCUCCUGCACCAAAAUGCUCUGCAAGGAUGAGGAAUCUGGAAUGAAGGACCUGAAAAGACAAGUGGAAUGUCUUCCUCCAGUCAACUACAAUCUGCUUCAGUACAUAUGCAGGUUUUUAGAUGAAGUCCAGUCCUAUUCAGGUGUGAAUAAAAUGAGUGUCCAGAACCUGGCCACGGUCUUUGGUCCAAAUAUACUACGGCCAAAGAUUGAAGACCCUGUAGCAAUCAUGGAAGGUACAGUGCUAGUGCAGCAGCUGAUGUCUGUUCUGAUUGGUCGUCACGACGUGUUGUUCCCUAGAGACGAGGACAGUCCCAAGACACUGGAGCUGGUCAACAACAACAAUGAGGUCCAGAAGAGGCUGACCCAGAUUGUGCCGACGGUACAGACUACAGAACAGAACAACAAUACCCAAAUACCCCAGCAGAGGGUGAAACAGUGUUCUUGGGAGACCCCCGAGUCGCCUCACCGCCAGCCCCCGGUAGCGUUAGACAACAACGGCUCCGGUUCUCCUCGCUCAGCCAGCCCACUUAACGGCCAUGUUACCGGGCGCUUUGACCUGGCCCGCAGCCCGCCGUUAACCGUUAAGAAGAACCCGGCGGUCUCAAAGGGCAGCGGCGUGGUCACCAACGGCUCGUUUAGUUGUUCGCCCUCUGGAGACGCAGCCAACCAGGAGAAGAGCCAGACUCUGCCCGGUAACACAGGAGGCAUCAGCGUCCUCCAGGCCCGGCGCACCCUGAAGGGCUCGGGCACCAAGAUGGGCACCAGCGGGGUCCCUAACGGAGGUGUCCGCAUGGGCGUGUCAAGUACCGACGUGGUGAACGGUACCCUGAACGGGCGUAAUGGUCUGUGGGUUCCCAAUGGCUACCCGGUCACCUUACGAGACAGCAAGUCUCGGGACUGUGGGGAGCAGACGGCAGCCCAGAACCGGCUGUCCACCUAUGACAACGUCCAGCAACAACAACAACAACAACAACAACAACAGUUACAAAAUCAACAACAGCCGUGUCUCAGCUCUAGCUGUGAGGACAAGCAGAGUGUGGACAGUGCUACCUGGUCCACCUCCUCCUGUGAGAUCUCUCUUCCAGACAACUCCACGUCCUGCCGUUCCUCCACCACCACCUGCCCAGAACAGGACUUCUACGGUGGGCUGGGCCACUACCAGGACCCCCUGUUGCUGCUGGAUGGACCUAGGGGGCUGUCCUCCCUCGACGAGCAGCCCCAGCCAGGGGGGGACGUGGAGGGGGAGCGGAGGAACGGUGCUGGAGGUAGUGGAGGGAGGGGUAGUGGAGCCACCAGCAGCAGUGAUAACAGUGAGACGUUCCCUGUCAAUAAAGGACCCAGUAGUCACAGUGCUCUACACAGCCUGGUGGCCAGCCUGAAACAGGAGAUGCAGAAGCAGAAGACAGAGUACGAGGCCAGGAUAACAAGCCUGGAGCACAGUAACCUGGAGUUGGAGACUGAGAUGGGGACUCUUCACGAGGAGCUGAACCAAGAGAAGAAGAAGGUCACCAUGGUGGAGAUCAAGUUUCGUAACGCAGAGCGAGCCAAGGAUGAUGCAGAGAAGAGGAACGAGAUGCUGCAGAAAGAGAUGGAACAGUUCUUCUCUACCUUCGGAGAUCUGACCGACGACCCGCGCAGACCCGACCGGGCCAAUACCAUCUGGAUCCAGUGAGGGGCUGUGUCAGUGCAGGGUGGACUGUGCCAUUUGAAUCGAAUGAGAGGGGGUGGGACUUGACAAUGACUUGGAGACAUAUUGAAAGGGACAUUACCGUCUGGAUCUAGUGAGGGGGGUUUGUACCACCUGGGGGGUGAGAGAAAGUGGGAGAAUGUACCAAGGAGAAACUUUGACAGACUGCACCACCUGAAUCUAGUGCGAGGGGGUGUCACAGUACACGGUGGAAUGUGCCAUUUUAAUCUAGUGAGAGGGGGUGUGGCAGUGCAGGGUGGACUGUGCCAUUUUAAUCUAUUGAGAGGGUGUGUGGCAGUGCAGGGUGGACUGUGUCAUUUUAAUCUAUUGAGAGGGGGUGUGGCAGUGCAGGGUGGACUGUGCCAUUUUAAUCUAUUGAGAGGGGGUGUGGCAGUGCAGAGUGGACUGUGCCAUUUUAAUCUAGUGAGAGGGUGUGUGGCAGUGCAGGGUGGACUGUUCCAUUUUAAUCUAUAGAGGGGGUGUGGCAGUGCAGGGUGGACUGUGACAUUUUAUUCUAGUGAGAGGCGAUGGGAGUAUGUACUAAGGCGGUGUUUCCCAAACUUGGUCCCUUGGACUCACGUGGAACACAUUUUAAUUUUUGCCCUAGUACUACACAGCUUAUUGAAAUAAUAAACUAGUAAUCAACCUUUGAUGGCAAAAACCAAAACGUGCACGUGUGGUCCCCAGGACUGAGUUGGGGUAACCCUGUACUGAGGAGUAGAAAAAACCCUUGAGAGGGACAAUACCGUCUGAAUGCAAGAGACAUAUGGAUACAGUGUGUAGUGGGACAGGGUACAUGUCGCUGGGCCUCAACCAUGCUGACUGACUGUGGCAAUAUUACUGAAGACGCCAGGCGGCUGGUUAUCUGCCUGAAACAGACUAUACCCAGCCUAUACAUGGACGACUGAAAGACUACACUACCCAUAAAACCAUUCUUCUUCCCCAUUUUCCUUCAAGAUCCAAUCAAGUAUAUAAUCAACCCUGUUCCAUGUUAUCAUGUAUCUGGCUGUGUAGAUAGAGGACCAUGUUAUCAUGUAUCUGCUUGUGUAUAUAGAGAAAAAACUAUGCCGAAGAAAAGUUAUGUUAUGUGUAAAAAAAAAAAAAAAAAGUUACAAAAAUAUUUGUAUGUUUGUCUGGUAUAUUUAAACAACAAUAACUACGUAUCCAUGUGUGACAUUUCCAUUUGAUAUGAAUGCUUUUCGUUGAACAUACAUUUUAUUUUCAACAUGGUGGUACUGAAUUACUUUAUGUACGCAGAUUUAGUUUCUUGUGUCUCAAAUCAAGUUAAUAUAACUUGUGUCUUCUUUGCUACAGAGCCAUUUCAUUCAUCCCAAAGAAGAAGAGACAGAACAUGCACGUGUUGUUACAGACACUUUGGUUUGUUUGUCUGUACUGUAGCUUUAAGACUUUGUCCGAUAGGAACGGUUUGGCUUCAAAUGAAUCAUGUAGAUUCUAUUAAACCUAAAUACAAGUCUGGUCAGUAAUGGUUUCAACAUUGAAUGUUCAUCUGUAGUUGAUAUUUAUCCUAAACUGAAACUGUACACGCAUUGGUAAUAAGACCCAUCACUUGUUUUAGGAUGCUUGGUCUAAGACUGAAAAAAAAGAAGAGCACUGUAGUUGUGAUGAUUCUGGGUAUUAACGGGCCUGAACCUUGUGGAGUAGAGACCUCAUGGUGGGUCUGGACCCUGUGGAGUAGAGACCUCAUGGUGGGUCUGGACCCUGUGGAGUAGAGAUCUCAUGGUGGGCCUGAACCUUGUGGAGUAGAGAUCUCAUGGUGGGCCUGAACCCUAUGGAGUAGAGAUCUCAUGGUGGGCCUGGACCCUGUGGAGUAGAGACCUCAUGGUGGGCCUGGACCCUGUGGAGUAGAGACCUCAUGGUGGGCCUGAACCCUGUGGAGUAGAGACCUCAUGGUGGACCUGGACCCUGUGGAAUAGAGACCUCAUGGUGGGCCUGGACCCUGUGGAGUAGAGAUCUCAUGGUGGGCCUGGACCCUGUGGAGUAGAGACCUCAUGGUGGGCCUGGACCCUGUGGAGUGGACCUGGACCCUGUGGAGUAGAGACCUCAUGGUGGGCCUGGACCCUGUGGGGUAGAGACCUCAUGGUGGGUCUGGACCCUGUGGAGUAGAGACCUCAUGGUGGGCCUGAACCCUGUGGGGUAUAGAUCUCAUGGUGGGCCUGGACCCUGUGGAGUAGACCUGGACCCUGUGGAGUAGAGACCUCGUGGUGGGCCUGGACCCUGUGGAGUAGAGAUGUCAUGGUGGGCCUGAACCCUGUGGGAUAGAGACCUCAUGGUGGGCCUGAACCCUGUGGAGUAGAGACCUCAUGGUGGGCCUGAACCUUCUGGAGUAGAGACCACAUGGUGGGCCUGGACCCUGUGGAGUAGAGACCUCAUGGUGGGCCUGAACCUUGUGGAGGAGAGACCUCAUGGUGGGCCUGAACCCUGUGGAGUAGAGACCUCAUGGUGGGCCUCUACCCUGUGGAGUAGAGACCUCAUGGUGGGCCUGAACCCUGUGGAGUUGAGACCUCAUGGUGGGCCUGGACCCUGCACCAUAUAGAUGGAUACUGGCCUGUUGUUAGAGUGUGUUGUGUAUAUAUACUAGAGACCUCGUGGUGGGCCUGGACCCUGUGGAGUAGAGAUGUCAUGGUGGGCCUGAACCCUGUGGAGUAGAGACCUCAUGGUGGGCCUGAACCUUGUGGAGGAGAGACCUCAUGGUGGGCCUGGACCAUGUGCAGUAGAGACCUCAUGGUGGGCCUGAACCCUGUGGAGUAGAGACCUCAUGGUGGGCCUCUACCCUGUGGAGUAGAGACCUAAUGGUGGGCCUGAACCCUGUGGAGUUGAGACCUCAUGGUGGGCCUGGACCCUGCACCAUAUAGAUGGAUACUGGCCUGUUGUUAGAGUGUGUUGUGUAUAUAUACUAGCGUUACUGUAGUGGAUACUUGUGUCUCUGUCAUACAGCACUCACAGCUGCCUGCCUGCUGUUGUCUGUCAGAGAGGAAGAGGUGAACCAAAGAGGGAUAACUGGGCCCGAAAUCUGUCUUCUCCACCAGGUGGCGCUUUUGGUUUGUUUAUUUCAAUUCAAGGGGCUUUAUUGACAUGGGAAACACAUGUUAAUAUUGCCAAAGCAAGAGAAAUAGAUAAUAUACAAAAUUGAAAUAAACAAUAUAAAUGAACAGUAAAAAUUACACUCACAGAAUUUCCAAAAGAAUAAAGACAUUUCAAAUGUCAUAUUAUGUAUAUAUACAGUGUUGUAACAAUGUGCAAAUGGUUAAAGUACAAAAGGGAAAAUAAAUAAACAUAAACAUGG